AUGCUCCGCUUUGUUCCUCGGCGGCUCGGCAUCGGUGCGUAUUCCAUGUUCAUGAUUGAGCAGAAGAACAACCCGAAGCUCAAGGGCCUCCCUGUGAGCGAACGCGGUAAGAUGACGUCGAAGCUGUACAAAUCCCUGAGUGCGAGCGACAAGGCGGCCCUUGACAAGCGUGCUGCUGCAUGGACCAGCUUCAAGCACAAGAGUCAGAAGGACAAGGUGAAGGGGGAAAAGAAGCCGCGCUCUACGCGCGCUCCGUCGGCGUACACCACCUUUGUAAAGGAAAAUAUUGGCCGUUUCGAGAAGCUGCCGCACCUCGACCGCAUGAAGGCUGUGGCAAAGUUGUGGAAGCAGCACAACGCGCGCACCCCCAAAUAA